UAUUAUGUUAUACGAUGAAUAUUAGUUCCAUCCCUCUUCAUCUACAUGAAGUUCGAAGUUUAAGUGAACUACCCCUUGAGAAAUUAAUACAAAUAAAAUUAUCAUUUGCGAAACAAAGUCCAAAUAUAAACAAUGCUGGCUCAGAAGGCAGAAUGCUUUCAACUAUUUCCUUACCAAAGUCAAUGCCUUUACGAAGAAUGGGCAGCAAGUCAAUUCGCCGUUACGAGGAUUGGGGAGAGAAGAACAAGGAUUCGAAAAUAUCCAAGAUUUUUCAAUUAACUGUGACGGCCCUCUCAUUUUUGGCUUUCGGUGGUUAUUUAUUGACACUCAUCAUUACGGCCAUCAGACGCGGUCAAAAUGCAACUACGCCGCCAAAUCUUAUAGUUCUCUCGGAUCUGCAGAAUUUACAAAAAAUGAAACGCCCCAAACGAGGACUUUUCAUACACGAUUCAGAGGAAAACGAAUAUGAUACAGAACGUUUUUACAGAUGCAUGAUAAUGAUAUCGACUGAAUUGCAAAGCUAUUACUAUUGA